UAUGUUUAUUUUUAAUCAUAAGUUUAAACUAACGACGUCGUGUUAGCAACAAGGGAAAUACUAAGAUAGGCAGCGCUACAACUUGUGUCGACAGCUUUCUGGGAUUCUCGACCCAAAAUCCACAAAUUCCUCGCACUUUUUUGCGCUACACACGAUCUGGGCAUCAACAUUUCAAAAUUCUUUUGAUUGCCUGCACUGACUGCGGCGGAAAUCGAGGUCCUAGAUAAAUUUUGUCUCGGAUUGGCCGUUUUUCUUCGCAGAUUGACACUCUGUAGAGAUUUAUUCAGUUUUUUCAUCGGUUGAGGGUUUUAAUGUGCAAGCAAGAUGCCUUUUCCAAGAAGAGGCGAUUGCUAUGAUGUUCUGAAUGCAGCGCCGUAAAAGUAUCGAGAAGAUUGCAGUGAAAUUGGUUGCAAGUGGCGUUGAAAUGUCAGUUUAGAGCAUCGAUCUCGAGCUCGAAAAGCUUUUUAAUGCGCGCUCCACAAUUCUUGAAGUUUGCGAAGGUCUAGCUGGAUUUGUCAAGAGGAAAAUGAGCGAUUCGCGAGGAAUGUCUGAAGUGUAUGUCUGCUUUAGGAGGGACGAUUAUAUUUACGGCGUGCAUUGUAGUUUUUGAGAAUUAAUGAGCUUUUGAGCUUUGAAGGGUUUGAGUUUUAUGUCGGAGGAUUUUUUUUUUUUGAAGAGUCAUAACUUAAGUAUUUGUAUGCAUUGAGUAGGCAUAUCUGAGCUUUGGUGUUUAUUUCGAGCACUGGAAGUAUUUAAAAUUUUGAAGACGUAGAGCAUCUUAGUGAUUCUCAGGGUUUAAUAUUUAGCUGAGUAUUUAUUUUCCAAAGCCUGCAAAGUUUUUCUUCAAGGCAAUUUCAUGGUUUAGAGGCUCUGCAGAGCUUUUAAGGAUUUAAUAUUUAGCUCGGAGGGGUUAUUUUCAGAGCCUUAAGAUAAAUUUGGAGGAAAAAUGCUGUCUGCAAGCAUGGCGACUUCGGCUACUCGUAGCACAAUGGAACAAAUGCUGGAGUCUUUGAAGAAGCAAGAAGAAAAGCCUAAGGAUCUUCCUCCAGCUUUGCCUUCUAGACCGACUUCAAAAGCUCGACUCCCGUCUAAUGUUAGAAUGAGGAGAUCUUCAUCGCCGUCUGUAGGUCGUAGUUCAGACUCUUCUGCGCACAGUGAGGCCAGGGUUCUAUUGGAAUCGUCUGGUUUAAAAAUGGACGAAGCUAGGGUACCAUUGAAAGCGAUUGAAAGCAAAUCCGUGCCCGUUCAAGUGCCACCUAGCAGGACAGAGGCGGGGUUUGUCAGGGAUAGUGAAAUUGGAGAGGAGAAAAUAUCAUCGAAAAUUUCAACUAGGGUUGAAAAGUUCAAUGGUUUUGCCUAUGCAGAUAUCAGGAUUGGAUCAGAGAGCUGUAUUCAGGAAUCUGAGCUAAACGAUCUUCUGUACUACAGUAAUAUGGAUUCGCCUUAUGAAAUAAUUGAUCCCAACGAUGAAAGCAAUGGUCCAAAUUUUUCUCCUUGCAGUGUAUCCGCCCGGCUAAAAUGCACCAAUAGGAACGAUGCCAAUUUAUGUGCCUUGACUAAGAAUUCACGUGUGUGGUGUAUGCUUCCGGAUAACCAGUGGAGUUUAGGGGUGGUUCAGUCAAUCUUUGGCACAGAGGCCAUAAUCAAAAUUUCCAAUGGCAAAACUGUCAAAUUUUCUGUGAGGAAUACACUACCUGCAAAUCCAGAUAUUCUUGAAGAAACCAAUGACCUUAUUCAGCUUAGUUACUUGAAUGAACCUUCAGUUCUUUAUAAUCUUCAGCAAAGAUAUGUCCAAGAUAUGAUCUAUACUAAAGCAGGACCUGUAUUGGUUGCGGUAAACCCAUUUAAAGAUUUGGGCCUUUUUGGUCAUGAUUUCAUCGAAGCAUAUAAAUGCAAAGCGAGAUUCCAUCCACAUGUAUACAUGAUGGCAGAUAUUGCAUUUGAUGCAAUGAUGAGAAAUGGAAUAAGUCAAUCUAUUAUUGUAAGUGGUGAAAGUGGUGCUGGUAAAACAGAAACUGCAAAAAGAGCAAUGCAAUACCUUGCAUCAAUUGGCAGUUGUAGCAGAAUAGAGAAUACACUUCUAAAAACAAAUCCCAUACUAGAGUCUUUUGGCAAUGCGAAGACACUAAAAAAUGAUAACUCUAGCCGUUUUGGCAAGUUGAUUAGCAUUCACUUCAAUAGUUCUGGCAAGAUUUCUGGUGCAAAUAUUCAAACACAUAUGCUUGAAAAGUCAAGAAUUGUUCAACAGGCUCAAGGGGAACGAUCAUAUCAUAUCUUUUAUCAGCUUUGUGCAGGGGCUUCUCAUGCUUUGAGAGAAAAGUUGAAUUUGAAGCCAGCGAGUGAAUAUUACUAUUUGAACCAGAGCAACUUUCUAACAAUUGAUGAAGUAGAUGAUGCUGAGAGGUUCCAACUUGUACUGGAGGCCUUAAAUGUGCUUGAAAUCAGUCCAGAUGAUCAGGAAAAUAUAUUUCGAAUACUUGCUGCAGUGUUAUGGCUUGGCAAUAUUACAUUUUCUGUUGUUGAUGGUGAAUGCCAUGUGAGAGUUGAUAAUGAUGAAGCAAUUAGAAAUGCUUCAAAGCUCCUGGGUUGCAGCAUCAUGGAGCUUACGAUGCUAUUAUCAACACACAAGGUUUAUGCUGGCAAGGAAUAUGUGGUGCAAAAGAUUUCCCAAUCACAGGCUGCAAACAUGAGAGAUACUCUGGCAAGGACAAUUUAUGCAAGUUUAUUCGACUGGCUUAUUGACUGUAUGAAUAAGUCACUAACUGCACAUGAAAAGAGCAAAGGCAGAUCUAUAAAUAUCAUUGAUAUAUAUGGCUUUGAAUCUUUUAAUAGGAAUAGUUUUGAACAACUUUGCAUAAACUAUGCAAAUGAGAGACUCCAGCAACACUUUAUUCGUCAUAAUUUUAAACUCAUACAAGAGGACUAUAUUUUGGAAGGCAUUGAUUGGACUAGAGUUGAGUUUGAGGACAAUCAAGAGUGUUUAGAUCUCUUUGAGAAGAAUCCUGUGGGUUUAAUUUCAUUGAUGGAUGAAGAGUCUGUAUCUUCCGAAGGGACUGAUUCAACUCUAGUCAAUAAACUUAAGCAGUACUUAGGUGGAAAGUUUUGCUUCAAAGAAGACAAAGGGAGAGUAUUUUCUGUUCGCCAUUGUGCUGGUGAGGUUGUAUAUGAUGCUACUGGGUUCUUGGAUAAGAAUAGAGAUUUGGUGCAUUCUGAUUUGCUGCAACUGCUAUCUUCGAGCAAUUGUUGGUUGCUCCAAUUGUUUUCUCUCAAUAUAAGCAAAGAAUCUCUGAAGUUAAGGAGUCCUCUAGUGAGAUUAAAUGGGACAGAAUGCAAGAGGCCAUGUGUUGCCUCUAAGUUUAAGGGACAACUAUUCAAGUUAUUGCAUUCUGUGGAAAACACAUCCCAGCAUUUCAUUUGCUGUAUUAAGCCAAACAGGCUGCAGUUACCUGGAGUGUUUGAGCAAGAUCUUGUCUUCCAGCAGUUGCGCUGUUAUGGAGUGUUUGAUGUUGUUCGGAUGUUUAAAGUCGCUUAUCACAUACGAAUGACACAUGAGCUUUUUGCUAAAAGAUACAAAUUCCUUCUGCCAGAAAACAUUGCAACUGAUGAUGCACUGAGUGUGUGUAUUGCAAUACUUCAUCGUUCGAAUAUUCCACAUGAGAUGUAUCAAGUUGGUUUCACAAAGUUGUUUUUGCAUGCAGGACAGAUUAGUAGGCUUGAAGAAUUAAGGACAAGAACUCUUCGUGGGAUUAUUUCAAUGCAGAAUGCCUUUCGAACCCAUGCAAUGCGUAGCCAGUUUAAGAAGCUCAGGAGUACUACCAUUUUCUUGCAAGCAUUGGUGAGGUCAAGUAUGGCGAAAAAAGAAUACUUAGUAUUGAAAGAGAGACAUCGAGCAGCGGUUACCAUUCAGAAGAAAUUGAGGUGUAGAAUUGCUAGAAAAAGUUAUUCAAGAACUUUAGAAAUGGUGAUCCUAGUCCAGGCAGUUACUCGAGGAUGGCUUGCUAGAAGACAUACCAACAUUUUUCGGCAGCAGUUGCAGACUGAAAAUAUAGCUGGGAAUAUUCUUGCAGAGAAAUAUGUCAGUGAUCUAAAGCCAGGCAGAAGAGAUGAGACACAUCCUGCACAUAAGCAGUCAUCUGAAGAUGCGUUUCAACAAGCAAGUACAUUGAAGUUUCAACCUUCAUUUCCUGCAGACUUUCAAAACCGUUUGUUAGCUGUAGAUGCAGCACUCAGAGAAAAGGAAGAUGAAAAUGCUGUGCUGCGCCAGAGACUACAACAAUAUGAAACUAGAUGGAUAGAAUAUGAAGCUAAGAUGUCAUCCAUGGAGGAAAUGUGGCAAAAACAAAUGUCGUCAUUACAAAUGAGUCUUGCUGCUGCAACCAAAAAAAAUCUGGCAGCUGAUGAACUACUGAUUCAACAAAUGAAGUAUGAUGAAUCUACUCUUCGAGCAAGUGACCAGCGAGCAUCUGUUACCAGGCAUAAUCUGCCCCACGACAAUGGCGAGUUUGAUUUGGAAGAUGCUGCCUCAAUGAGAGCAAACACCCCUAAGUCCAAUAUUAAUUCAGGCAAAGUUUCUCGGCAUUCUGAUAAUGGACAGAACAAGGAAUAUGAUGCAGGGAAGUCUGUAGUUAGCCACCUAAUGAAAGAGUUUGAACAAAGAAAACAUGUUUUUAAUGAUGAUGCCAACUUUCUGCUGGAGGUUAAGUCAGGUCAGACAGAAGCAGACAUUAAUCCCAAUGAAGAACUUCAGAAACUGAAGAUUAGAUUUAAAAUAUGGAAAAAAGCCUUCAAAGUUCGACUACGUGAGACCAAGACAGCACUACAGAAACUAGGAAACACUGAACCAUCUGAAAAGACGAGGAGAAAAUGGUGGGGAAAAAGAGUCAGUUAGAAAUUUUAUAACAUUCUUUUAGUAUCAAUGUAAUUUUCUGAAGGAGCCUGGUUUUUCACCAAGAAGCAAAAGCGACAGGGUUAAAAACUGAAUUGGUUGCAGUUCUUAAUAUUUGUUAAAAAAUAUCAAAAUGCCAUAGGAAGUUAGAAAUAUGUGGGGCUUCAAGUUAUGGUUGAGACGUAGGCUCAGGUUCAGUUGUAUAUGUAAAUUUUUGUAUAUGUGGCUAUUCAUGGAAAUGCAGAUGUAUAUUAGUGUGAUAGCAUCUCAGUUGAUAAUCUGAUGCUUGAAAACGAGUGCCAUUUACAUUCAAUUUGGUGUCUAGGUAUUGAUUGUCUGUUGUUGCAUCCUGAUAUCUGAACGAGAUACAAAAGCAAUUAACAUGCUUGCCAGCAGAUUUCAUAUGGAUUCUUGUUGUGCCUCCUGCAUGUUCACGGAAGUGUUGUAAGCAGAGACAAUUGUUACAUAAUAUUCUUGUUUCAUGAGAUAAA